AUUCCACAAUUAUGGAUUCCGCAAAACUGUUACCAAUCAAAGCCAAAGUCACGAUGAUGAAGAGAGCCGCUUAAGGUUAGUGGUGAUAGUGGUAAAUCACCCAUCUAGAAAACCAGAAGAUCUGAGGCAAGCAACGAAUUGGUUUCUCUGAGACCCAAAAUCUCUCUCUCUCCUUCUUCCGAAAAUCUUUGGAUAAAGAGAUUAUCGAGAGCCAAUGAUUGUUGAUCCGAGCAGAACAAAGUCACGAUGAUGAAGAGAGCCGCUUAAGGUUAGUGGUAAAUCACCCAUCUCGAAAACCAGAAGAUCUGAGGCAAGCAACGAAUUGGUUUCUCUGAUAAAGAGUGAACAUCAAGCGUAUCUUUGGGUUUCGAAUGAGGGCGGCUUGUGUUCUUUUGGCAUUUUGCUUUUUUGUUUUUGGAGGAGGAGCUUCUAAAUUGGCUUCCCCUAAGAAUCCAGAGGAGGUAGUCCGAUUCCCAUUGAACAGGAAACCUAGGAUUUUACUCCAGUUGGCCCCUCAUGUUUCUCACAAGAUUAAGCUAACUGUGACCGGAGGUUGUGCAAACGCAUCCGGUGACUACAAGUGGCUUAGCUCAGACGUGACGGUUGUGGCUGUGUCAUCCUAUGGGGUUAUCCAGGCAAAGAGCCCUGGAAUAUCCACUGUCAAGGCUGUGUCGACUUGUGAUCCUCUGAAUUUUGAUGAGAUUGUUGUAAAAGUUUUCGCAAGUCAGGAUCUCUGCUAUGACAUGGAUGGUAUGGAGCCCAUGGUGGACAAUGACCAACCGGAGCCAAGCUAUUUCUCCAUGCCAAAAUUUCAAACGAGGCAAUGCUUUAACUUGAUCAUGCUAUUAGAAUCUCUCGCUACUUUUACCAUUAUUAUAUACAAUCGUUGUUUGAAAAAGCGUAAAAAACAGCACUCUAAAAAGCGGUACAGGCGACCGCUUAGGCGACGUUUAGGCGCUAGGUGGCCAUAGAUUUGAUUAUUAAUUUGUAGACAUUCGAAUGAGGCGUGUUAUACUACUGUCUUAUGAAGUCGCUAAUUGACUA